AUGAACAUGGAUCUUCCGGGACCAGAUGGUGAACUGAAAUGUGUUAACGCUGGAUACUUUCUGUUCUACAUUCCAGUUCCAAAUUUUUGUUCCAUUCGUUAUGGAAUUUCUCUCUUACUGCUCCUCUGUAAUGUUAUAAUAAUGUCACAGCGCGUGUGUAUGAGCCUCACAAUGAUAGCCAUGGUGAACAGCACAGAGCCACAUGGUUUGUCCAACACCUCCACAAAGGAGCCACAGGAUAACAUAAAGAACCCUGUGUAUAACUGGAGCACUGAAAUCCAGGGGAUCAUGUUAAGUUCCAUCUUCUACGGUCUACUCAUCAGCCAAAUUCCUGCUGGAUAUUUAUCUGGAAUAUACUCCUUAAAGAAAAUGGUUGGUUCUGCAUUGUUCCUCAGCUCUUUAUUUACUCUGCUCAUCCCACUGGCAGCUGAAUUUGGAGAAGCUUUGGUCAUCAUAUGCCGUGUAAUCCAGGGACUAUUCCAGGGGAUAGCAUUAACAACUCAGCAAGUAGUAUGGAUCAAGUGGGCUCCUCCCUUGGAACAAGUCCGACUUACCUCUCUGAGUUUAUCAGGACUUCUGCUAGGACCCUGUGUUGUCCUACUUAUAACUGGAUUCAUCUGUGACUCCCUGGGAUGGCCUAUGGUCUUUUAUAUUUUUGGUGCUUGUGGUUGUGCCUUAAGUCUUCUCUGGUUCGUUCUGUUUUAUGAGGACCCAAAGGACCACCCGUGUAUAAGCAAAAGUGAGAAGGAAUACAUCAUGUCCGCCCUCGCCCAGCAGGUCAGUUCAAGUGCACCAUCUCUGCCCAUCAAGGCUAUGCUUAAGUCUCCUCCACUCUGGGUCAUUUCCCUCUGUAAUUUUGCUUUUUUCUGGGCAAAUAGCUUCCUGAGUCUGUAUACACCAAUGUUUAUCAACUCCAAGUUUCAUCUUAAUGUAAAAGAGAAUGGGCUGCUGUCUUCCCUCCCCCAUUUGUUUGCCUGGAUUUUUGCUAUUCUAGCAGGUCAUAUGGCAGAUGUCUUCCUGUCCAGGAAUAUUCUCAGCCUACUCACCAUCCGGAAACUCUUCACCUUGCUAGGACUUCUCCUGCCUGCCCUCUUCAGCCUGUGCCUGCUUUACCUGAGUUCCAGCUUCCAUAGCACUAUGAUUUUCCUGAUACUUGCUAAUGCAACAGGAAGCUUUUGUAUGGGUGGAAUAUUAAUAAAUGUCUUGGAUAUUGCUCCCAGAUAUUAUGGAUUUCUUAAAGGAUUUACAAAUGUAAUUGGACUAACAGGAGGGCUAGUUUCUUCCACUGUGACUGGAGUGAUCCUUAGUCAGGAUCAAGACUCUCCCUGGCUUAAAAUCUUCUUCAUGAUGGUAGCCAAUAAUGUGAUAAGCCUAAUCUUCUACCUUAUAUUUGCUAAAGCAGAAAUUCAAGACUGGGCUAAACAAACACAAAACACUUAUCUCUGA